ACCCACCGCCUUCCGUGAGGGGACGGCGACCCGGCGCCUCCCGGGGGGGCCUCCCGCUGCGGGCACCCCCUCAGGCCCCGUCCCACCGGGGGGGGGGAGCCCCAGGGUAAAACCGGGGUGCGCGUCCUUCCCCUCCCCGUCACUGUGGUACCGAAGCCAAACUGACAUACGAGGUCUGAGCAUUGCAUCCCUGAGCCCUCUGGGCGGAACGGAGCAGUUCGCGGCUGCCCAUCACGCUUGUCUGCUUUAAAACAUCCAGUGCGGGGGCGAAUCCCCCGACCUGUGCCCCGGGGAAGGUGGGUUGGGACACACACACACGUCUCCAGGUCUGUCCCCAUCUGGGAAGAGGUUGGUCCCCACUUCCCCUUCGUGUUGGCCUGUCGCAGGCAGACCCUCGCCUGGCUGCUCCCACUCUGGGUGCGGACAGUGCGGUGAAAGCGCCGGCCUGGGCCGGUGUCAGGUCAGGGGCACCCCGGGCACUCUGCUGUCCUCCCUGGGCCAGGCUGGCUUCGAGCAGGGAGGCGCUGGGGGGGUCACGAAGAGAGGCUGUGUGCCCAGGGCGGGUCUAGGGGUGCCGGUGAGGGCACGCAGGGCAUGAUUUCUACUCCCAAGGCCUGCAACAGCCAUGGUGCCUUCCCCUGUGUCCCCCCUCCCCUCCGCCCCCCGUUCCUGACGUCCUGAGCGUGGCUGUGGGAACACAAUGAGGCCCUGAGGAACGCGGCUGCUCCGGCUGAGGAAACGGCUGCCGGCUUCCUCCGCGCAGCCCUGCCCUGGCCCCCGCAGUUCCAGCAGCCUGGAGACCAUGGGCAUGUCUGCGGAGGACGAGCGCACCGUGAGCCCCAGAGAUGAGGAGUGGCCAGAAGCGGAGAAGGCUGAGAAGUUGGCGAGAGGAGCCGCUCUGAAAUGGGCUUCAGGGGUGUUUUACCGCCCUGACAAACUGGAGGGGCUCGAGCAGUACCGGAGCCGAGAGACGCAGAGGAACAGCUCCAUCCAGUCCCGGCUGAAGUCAACCAUCCAAUCCUACCUGGAGGGGGUAAGUGCGGGGCUGGAGCAGCUGCGGUCAGCGGCCCAGGAGGUGCAGAGCGUGUGCCAGGACCUGGGGGCUGCGCGGUGGGCCCUGCUCGACAGUGCAGACCGCUUCCAGGGCCUCCAGCAGAUGCGGGCACUGAUGGCAGAGCACGUGCAGCUGGCCUCGGUGGUCCAGGUGCUGCCCCAGCUCUUCUCAGUCCACGAGGUUUUUUCCCAUACCCUGCAGCUGCUCAGUGGGCAGCAACUCUUGGAGGCCCAUGCGGAGCUCAUGAUGAUGGAGCAUCUCCGGGACGACAUCCUCUCCCAGCUGCACCUCCGCGGGCUCUCCAGUGCCCAGGCAACUGUGCUGUCCUACUUCGGUGGCCUACAGGAGCUCAACGAGAGCCUGGCCAAGCAGCUGUGGGACAUCGUGGGCAGCAGCCUGCGGCUGGUGCGUGAGGACCCAGUUCUCUUCGUCACUGCUGUAAGGAUCAUCGAGCGGGAGGAGAAAAUAGAUGAUACUCUGCUCCUGGAGGCCACCUUCCUGCCCCCUGGCCGCCCAAAGGGCUGGAGGCAGAAGUUUUACCACGUUCUCCAGGAGACCAUCACAGGAGCCCACUUUCAUGCAGUCUGCAUGGACACUGAGGGGCCAGAGCUGGCCAGGCACCUGGCAGCACUGCAGAAGGACAUCGUGUCUGAGCUGCGUGUGGUGAAGGACCUGAUGGUCCAGUGCGUCCCGGCUCACUACAACAUCCUCAGUGUCUGCACUGUCACCUACCACCAGGCCCUCACCAGCCACCUCCAGGACAUCCUCCGAGAGGACCUGGACAAACAGGCACUCUUUCUCCUCCUUGAGUGGGCGCUUUGUGUGUACCACAGCCCAGAGAUGAUGGGUCACCCUGACCUUCUCCCAGAAGUGGAUGUUUCUGCUCUGGGUCCCUUGAUGUCCCCUGAGCUCGUGGAUCAGACAGAGAGGAAAUACGUGGUGAAAGUCAAGGCUAGCGUGCUCGAGUGGAUGCAGAGGACCCUGGAGGUGGAGUUCAAGGAGUGGUUCAGGGAAGAGGAACCUGAGACAGACCAUCAGGGCUUCUUCCAGUCAGCCCUGCCUGUCAUUGUCAUGCAGAUGCUGAAUGAGAAUAUCCGGGUAGCCUCCUUGAUCACGGACUCUCUGCAGCAGAAGGUCUACAACAUGGCCUUGGAGGAGCUUGAGGCAUUUCUGGGCCGUCUGCGGGAAGCCCUAGUGCAAUGCGGGAAGGAGCACCAGAAGGACCGUACCAUACCCAAGUACUAUGUCUCCUACCUACUGGCCAUGCUCAACAACAACCUGGCUCUUAGCUCCUCUGUCUCCUUCCUGCACCCUGACACUGCCCGCAGAGAAGUCCCCAUGUCCCUCCGGGCUGCUCUAGAUAGGAUGCAGAAGAAAGCCUGCCAGCUGCUGCUGGAGGAGCUGCUCCUGGACCUGCAGCCCCUCUGCCUGCAGCUGCCUUCCUGCAAGUGGCUGUCGGGGUCCCAGCUCGUCAGCAGCAUGUGCGAAGUGAUUGACAAGUAUGCAAAGGACUUCUCCCGCGUCAGGAAACCCGUCUUCAUGCUUCUGCUGACAGAGAGCGAGCUCCUGGUGACGAGCCAGUACCUGCGGGCACUCAUGCAGAAGAAGAUGGUGUGCAAGAGCGAGGAGGAGCGGGGCCAGCUCUGCGACCGUCUGCUGCAGGAUGCCACGCAGCUCCGGGAGCUCUUCUGUGGCCUGGGUCUGGACCAGAGCCAGCAGAGCCUGGAGGCCGUGUUUGCCCUGCGGGAGCUGAUCUGUCUCAAAGACCCAGCACUACUCAGCCUGGAAGUGCUGGGCUUCAUCACCAAGUACCCUGACGUCAGCGAUGAGCACAUCUCCACCUUGCUGGAUCUCCGGGGUGAUGUCUCCAAGGAGGUGCGGCACAUGGUGCUGGAAAUGAUGGCGCAGCACCCCCAGGUCCUGCCCGAGCGCUACCGGCCCAUCUUCAGCACCAUCCUGGUCCCCGCGCCAGAGCUGCCCUUCUGCCUUCGCAAGGGCAAGUGUGCCUGACACUGUGCCCCACAGCCUGCUCCCCACUGCCCCCACGGACGUACGGACCAGGCAGGACAUCUCUGAGGCUGUGUGUGGGGAGAAUGGAGAUGACACAUGGCAUCCCCUAUGCACAGCACCUUGGCCUGUGUUGGGGACAGUCUGGAUACGUGCCAUCCUCCUCUGGUCUUGCCUCGCUGAGCCAACUGUCCCCUGCAAGCAUCAGUCCUGGGAGACCUGGGUCAGGAGAAGAUCAACCCAUAGCUAUUUUGCUGGCCUGCUGAGGCAGUAAUUGAGGGCUGCUCAGGUCUGGCCUAUUGCGUGCAGGAGAAAGAGGAGCCGCAGAGCAAAGGACAGGAGUCUGCAGCUGGGCUGAGUCCAUGUCUCCAUGGGACUGCCAAUUUGGGUUUCCCCAAGUCUCCAGACAGCCCUCUGAGCCAGUGUGUCCUGGUCAUGGAGUCUGUUACCAACCCAGUUCCAAGGCAGACUGGAGCCUUGCUAGACCCACGCUUGCAGGAGGGUUUUAGCCAUGGGAGGUCUUCCUCUGUUUUGGCUCAGCCCAGAGGUCUGGUGCUGCUCCACCAGCCUGGGCCCCACAUGGAUGGUGGAGAGCAGCUCACCCAGUUCAUCAUGGCUCACGGCCGCAGAGGAGAAGGGCACAAGGGGGUCUUACCACCCUGGGUACUGCCAUCAACCCUAUCCCUGCCAGCAUGAAGGGACAGCUCUGAGUUCCUGCUGACCUGCCCAACUCCUGGCCCCGGCUCUUUUGCCAGCAUCCAAGACAGGAUUAGAGUCCAAGAGUCUCCAGCAUCUUGGAGAGCAUGGUUGCAUCUGGUGUAUCAAGCAUCCUCCUGUCCCAAGGUUCCUCCAUGAUGGGCAGCACCACCCUGGGCACUGGCUUUUCCUCCAUGCAUCCUUUGCUGCUGUCCAGCCCUUGGUUGUCUCCUCCCCAGGUGCCAUGCGAAGAUCAGGAGCAAAGCCUGUCACUCUGCCUGCAUCCUUGUGCCCAGCCCCUGCAGCACCCUGGGAGACCUCCAUGCUCUGCCAUGCUUCCUGCCUUCUGGCUGGCUGGAUCCUGCUGUCCUUGCCUGGCACUACUGCCAGAAAUAAAGGCCUGAGCUCUGCAAUCA